GAAUAUAAUACAAUUUUUCUAGCAGAGAAGAAAUACCCAAAAUAACAGAUCCAAUUGUUCUCAAGAUCGCAUCCGAAUCAUAAUAUAUAGCAUGAUCAAAGAGAAGACCAGUUCAUGUGUUCAUCCUUCCGAUGGUGUUAUGGCAGAAUCCGAUAAGGAAGUGGAGCUUGGAGCAACAAAAGCAAAGCUGGAUAAAGUAAAAGAAGAAAACGAGAAGUUAAAGCUCUUACUCUCUACGGUCCUUGCAGAAUACAGCUCUCUUCAAAUGCAUGUCUCCAAUGUUAUCCGACAGCAACAUGAAGCUUCUAUGAAGCUAGACGGUAAUAAUGGUCACGAGGAUUUGGAUGUAGAUAUAUCUCUUAGGCUUGGAAGAUCAGAGCAGAAAAUAUCCAAGAAAGAGGAAGAAGUAAAGAAAAUUAUUGCGGAAAAUAUUUCUAUUGAGAAAAAGAAAGGGUCGGAAAAGAAAAGAUCGGCAUCUGGUUUAGGAUUCCGGAUUCAAAAUUUUGAAGAUCCGAAUACCAUGAAGUUAGAUUAUCUUUUUAGAGAGGUUAAGAAUAAAGACGUGGAAAAUACAUGUUUAUCUUCCAGGAAAGAUUUCAAGACAGCCAGAAAUGAAGAUCAUCAUGAGGUUUUGGAAGGACAUGAGCAACCAGGUCUAAAGAAAACUAGGGUUUGUGUGAAAGCCCCAUGUGACGACCCAUCAAUAAACGACGGUUGCCAAUGGAGGAAAUAUGGUCAAAAGACUGCAAAAACGAAUCCUCUUCCACGAUCCUAUUACCGGUGCUCCAUGUCCUCAAACUGUCCAGUCAGAAAACAGGUGCAGAGAUGCGGGGAAGAUGAUACAUCUGCUUAUAUGACGACAUACGAAGGAAACCACGACCAUCCUCUUCCCAUAGAAGCAACUCAUAUGGCUGCUGGAACUUCUGCUGCCGCCUCCUUACUACAAACUGGCUCCUCCUCUUCCUCGAGCUUAAGCCAUUUCUUUCCUUUUCACCACUUCUCUGUCUCCACCACCAAUUCCCACCCCACUGUAACACUUGACCUCACACAACCAAACUAUGAUCCCAAUCAAUUACCAAACUACCCUCUUUCUUCUUCCUCUCUCAGCUUCUCCUCCUCUGCUCGUCCAUCUUCCUCGAAAAGUCACACAUUGAGCUUCAGUGGUUUGAAAUCACAAGCUCCCUUUAAUACAUAUUCAAAUUUAUCACAUAAAACCAGACUUUCUGGACAGCAGUGACUUUGUAUAUUGGUUUAGAUACAUGUUUUUUGGUCAUGUUUUAAAUUGUUUUAGGCAUCACGGACUUCCAACUCGAAACAAAUAGCACUGAGUGGAGAAAUCCUUGUCAUUUGUACACAAUACUAAAAUUAUCUUUUUGUGAGAUCUUCUAACAGUUUCUUCAA